GAAAUCCUAGCUAUAUUUAUCCACCGAAAAGUCUACCACCUCUCCCUAGUUAGGUGAAUCACGUCUCCUUCGUUGGCUAAUAGUCCUAUCACAAAAUAAAUCCUAGAUACAAACCAAGACAGAGAGGACACUGCCACCUGAAACUGAAGCCAACCCUCUGACUGUACUUUUCAUAGGUAUCAUCAAAAGAACCAGAACUGAAAGGAAAAGCUGUUCUGUUCAGUGAUGGGGGCAAUAAAGGCAGCAUCUGGGGAUGCGGUGUUAACUUUCAUGUGGGUGUUUGUGUCUUCCAUGUUUGGUUUGUUCACAAACCUGAUAGUUACUGCCCUUGGUCUUCAAACCCUGGUCUGGGCUCCUCUGGUCAUUACUACUUUUAUUGUCUUCACCUUUGUUUUCUUGUUUAACUUGAUUGGUGAAGCCUUGGGUGGUGCCAGUUUUAACCCAACUGGUACUGCUUCUUUCUAUGCUGCUGGGGUUGGUGGAGACACUCUCUUCUCCAUGGCCCUCAGAUUCCCUGCUCAGGCAGCAGGGGCUGUGGGAGGUGCGUUGGCUAUCAUGGAGGUGAUGCCAGUUCAGUAUAAGCACAUGCUUGGGGGGCCUACUUUGCAGGUGGACUUGCAUACUGGAGGCCUUGCUGAGGGGGUUUUGACCUUCUUAAUGAGUUUUGCUGUUCUUGUAAUUAUCCUUAAAGGCCCUCGUAACCCUCUGGUGCAGACAUUGUUUCUUGCCAUUGCGACCAUAACAUUGGUGGUUGCAGGUUCUACUUACACCGGUCCUUCCAUGAAUCCUGCCAAUGCCUUUGGGUGGGCAUAUGUAAGAAAAUGGCACAACACAUGGGAGCAGCUCUAUGUUUACUGGAUCUGCCCCUUCAUCGGAGCGAUAUUGGCCUCCUGGGUCUUCCGUGCUGUCUUCCCCCCACCAGCACCCAAACAAAAGAAAGCCUAAAAUGACAGAGCUUAGCUCAUCAUAAAUUACAUUGCUCGAUGCGUCAAAUGUAAUAAGAACUUCAGCAUUUCAUUUCUCUAGUCAUGUUAGACUAUUAGAUCUUGUUUCCUUGCUCAAUUCUCGAUUUGAACCAGCAGGGAAGAACUUUUAGUGGGAUUGCAGCAACCUGGACCGAGUCAUCUUAA